AUGCCGCUCUCGGCUCCCGUAUCAUUUCUGUCGAUUCCAGAAGUAUUUGCAAAUUUCUUGUUAACCAACUAUACAACUUAUCAUUUGCCACAGUAUCCGUGCGUGUCCAAAAUCCUGCUCGUGGAGUCGUUUAACAAAAUAUUUGUCACCAAGAAAGAAUGCACUGCCUAUGACUACAUCACCGUUUCAUUGGCAAUGGCUAUAAGUGCUAGUACACUUUUGUGGAAAAACGAACGAGCAGCCGUUGCAUCUUCAAAUGCACUUUUCACCACGGCAGCACAACAUCUUUCUGAUUUGGAUUGGGAAGAUAGCACAGAAACUCUUGCUAUAAUAUUACUCUUCAGUCACUAUUCCUACGCAAAUCCUGUUGCUUGUGAUACAUGGUUUUUAAUGGGGAUGGCAUUGCGUAUGUCCUUCAGUCUAGGAUUGCAUCGGGACAUGCCGAAAGACGAUCUCAAUGCUCUCGAGAUUGAUACUAGAAGGCGCUUAUUUCUCAUGACUUCCAGCAUGGAACGUGCCUUGUGCUCCCUUCAUAUGAAACCAACUUUUCUCUCUGACCAAUACAUUUCGUCAUUGGACCCUUCUCCACUAGGUGACGAAUUCAUAUCUGCUCAAGGACUUGACGAAAACGGUGUACACUAUAAAGGAGCUGCGUUACAUUUCCACAAGCAUCGGUUGUUACAAUCUGAAAUGUUUGAUGUUCUCUGGAAAGGCCGUCUUGAUCCAAAAAUCAAACUUGAAGAUUGGAUGGAGGACAUGGAUCAACGAAUGACUCAAUGGUACUUUGAUGCUGCUCCUUUUACUAAAAUUCACCAGCUCAAGUUCCGGGAAAUCAAUAAAGUUCAAGGCAGUCUUCGUCUAAAACGACGCAGCCCAUACUAUACAGAUCCAAUUUUGAAGCAUAGAAUUGACCUAUACUACGAUAUCAAGCGUUUGAUUUCCAUCAACCAAGAUUUAUUCUCCAGCGGUCACCUCAGUUACUUAUUGUACGGAGUACAUUUCAUGGUGGAAAGCGCAGUAUGCUUAUUGGAUAUGAUGUGGAACCAGUUGGAGUUGGUACUCAAUACGUUCAGCUUCCAGGAAGUUCACAAUGUCUUCCGCAGUUGCUUGGAAGUUAUAACGAGGAUGUCCAGCAGAUGGCCUGCUGCUCAAUAUUGUGUUACUGUAUUGAGCGAUUUGGAGUACGAAGUGGCUGCAUUCAAGUACCCUUCAGCUUUGUCUCAGAAAGUUGAGGUGAGACCUGAGCAAGAAAUUUCCGAUCAAAUAUUCAAUCUCCUCUUUCCAGACUCACACUAUGAGGUGGUGAAAGAACCUGAGAACAAAGAUGUACAGCUCUUUGAUACCAAUGAACUUGGAUGGGACAUUGAAUUCGAAAGUGUUAUCAACUGGAAUGAGGACUGGGCAUUGUCGAAUAUUAUUUUGGACUAA